CUCCGCCAAAGCAGCAGCGACAAGCAAGCGUGUCGCAUCCCUUUGUUGUCGGACGCAAUGGCGUCAGAGCUGAAGGAAGCCAAGACAUACACGCCAACAGCAGACGAGUGGCGCGACCCGCUCGUGUACAUCUCCCACAUCGAGCCUGAAGCAAGGCAGUAUGGCAUUGUGAAGAUCAAACCGCCUGCUGGAUGGGCGCCGCCGUUCUGCCUCGAUGACACGCGCUGCCGGUUUCAGCCACGGUACCAGGACCUGCGCGACGUCGAAGGCCUGCACCGUCUCAAAGUCACGUUCAUCGGCCAGCUCGAACACUACUGGGACCUGCAAGGCAUCCGGUGGCAAUGUUACAGGCGCAUCAAAGGCUGCUCCGUCGACCAGUUUGCGCUCCAUCACGCGGUCGCUGGAUUUGGCGGCUUUGACAAAGUGUGUGCCGACAGAAAGUGGCGUGAGGUUGCUGACAAGAUUGGGUUCGCUGAGCCCAAGCACUGCAACCUGCUGAAGCGACUGUAUGCCACCAGCCUGCUCCCGUUUGACCGGUUCAUGGCCACCUGCGAGACGGAAGCAUCGCAGGCAUCAGACGGCACAGCCAGCGAUAACAGCCACAACACCAGCAUCGACAACGACGCACAUGCGCGUGGCGACAAGCCGCCUUCGUCAUCGCCAUCGUCAUCCGCCGUGCACGCGGGCGACCAACAGCCAAAGCGUGCGAAAAUUGAGCCCGUCGUAAAGCAGGAGCCACCUGGCGCCCACACAAGCAACAAUGACAAGCAGCGGCAGCAGCAGCAAGACCAAGGCGUGGUGGCCUCGCAGCAGUCGUCCACCACACUCGAGCCUGCCAACACGCAGCAGGAGGCUAAUGCUGUUACCAACACCAGCAACACCAACCCAGCAAGUGUAAGCGCGGGCGCGAGCCGCCGCGCGAGCAGGGCGAUCAGUCGAAGUGCAUCAACGGCGCCUGGCUCUGGUGCGGAGAUUGCGCUUAGUCACGGCGGGCACCGCCCCCCGCUGGGCACGGAGGACCACUCGCUCGGCGAUGACAUGUGCGAGGAAUGCAAACACGGCGACUACGCUGAGCUCUUGCUCCUCUGCGACAAGUGCGACAAGGGCUACCACACGUUCUGCCUGAACCCGCCGCUGUCAAAAGUGCCGAGCGGCGACUGGCGAUGCCCGUCCUGUCUGCGCACCGAGUACAAAUCCAUUGAGCCAGAGCUCCUCGACAACUAUGGCUUCUACCAGAGCCACACCACAUACGCCCUCAAGGACUUUACGAAGCACGCCGAUGAGUACGAGAACAAGGUGAUGGGUGCGGUUCGAUAUGAGCGCACACUCCAGGGCAAGGAGGCUGCGUUUUGGGACAUUGUUACAGCAAAGCAGCAAGUGGAUGAGAAGCUCGCAUGGGUGGAAUAUGGCGCCGACUUACCUGUGCUUGAGAUUGGCAGCGGAUUUCCGUCAAAGCACAACCGGUUCCAGAAGCGUGACGUGGACGAGCGCUCCUACAAGUCCUACCUGCACCACCCGUGGAACCUCGUGAACCUUCCCCUCAACCGCCGCAGCCUGCCGCAGCUGCUCAACGCCAACGUCUCUGGCGUGAGCGUGCCGUGGGUGUACGCAGGCAUGCUCUUCACCAGCUUCUGCUGGCACACGGAAGACCUGCACACGGCAUCCAUCAACUACAACCACAAGGGCGCGGUCAAGACGUGGUACGGUGUCCCCGCCGACGACCACGAUGCGUUUGUCAGCGCGGCCAAGGACUAUGCCGGCGCGCUGUUUGAGAACAGCCCGGAUCUGCUUGAGCACCUGGUGACGCUCAUUCCGCCGCAGGAGCUGACCAAGCGCGGCGUUCGUGUGUGCCGCAUCCACCAGCACGCGGGCGAGUUUGUGGUGACGUUUCCAAAGGCCUUUCACGGCGGCUUCAACCAGGGCUUCAACGUCGCGGAAGCCGUCAACUUUGCAAACACGGCCUGGCUCAGUAUGGGCAGGAGGUGCCACCAGCACUACCGCAGCAUCAAGCGGCGGCCCGUGUUCGCCUUUCCCGAGCUCCUGGUCACCGUCGCCAAGACAAUGGCCGCAUUGCACGACGACGGCAAACACGUCGAUGCUCGCGACGCCGCGCGUGUGCUGGCUGAAUUGGAGCUGCUGAUUGCGGACGAGCGGGCCACUCUCGCCCGCGUGCAGUCCACGUUUCAUGAUGCGAUCAAGUGUGCGCCGGAGGAUCCGUCCAUCGCGUCCAUUCCGGACGAUGACCGCGUGUGCCGCGUGUGCAACACCACUGUUUCGCUGACGUUUGUGCGAUGCAAGUGUGCGCGCGCGCUCACGUGCGCGGACCACCUGCCGCUCGCAUGCGAGUGCGGCGCUGAUGACGUGCGUGUGGAGACGUUGUGUGCAGUGCCCACGCUGGAAGUGCUCAGACAGAAGCUGCAAGAGGCCGUGGCGCGAUUUGACACGUGGCUGGCGGAGUGCAGACGGCACUUUAGCGACAGCGAGUGGUCUGAAUUGGAAGCAGCACAGCAACACCAACACCAACACCAACACCAACAGCAGCAACAGCAGCAGCAAGGGGUGCGACGUGAUUACUUGUGCGUACCCAGUGCUGGGCACAUGCACGUUGUUGAAGGCGAUUCCGUGUGCGAAGAGCAUCCACUUGCCAACAUGCUUCCGCUGAACGUGAACGUCCCUAAUCGAUCCUACCGGCGCGGACGGCCGCCAAAAGCGUCGACCACAGACGCAGCAGCAGCAAAGAACACGGCGGGAAGCGGUGAUCUGCAACACGUGAAGAAGGAGAAGGAAGAAGACAACCUGCGCCGUGUCACGGACGUGGCGGUGGCAGGCUCGCAGUCCCAGCAGGAGCACGCGCAUGACGACAUUGCGUUUGACACAAAGGACCAAGACAACAGCAAAGCCCAGGGUGAUGAUGAUGAUGAUGAUGAUAAGGAUGAUGAUGAUGAUGAUAAGGAUGAUGGGUGGGAUGUGGACAGCAGCGCCCCACCAUCGCGGAUGGACACGACGCGCGAUGACGAUGAUGCGGCAGCGGUGUGGCCCCGGUUGAUUGCAUCAUGCAGCACGACGCUUGCACAAGCAGAGGCGUUUGUCGAGGCGUCACCAUCCGCAUAUGAGCUGGACCCCGUCCUGCAUGCGCUCCGACGCAAGAUCAAGCGGACGCGCGCGCUCAAGGCCGAGUGCGGCGACCUGCUCACCCGCGCCACGUACUGCACCACCAAGCACGCGCAACGGGUGAGCCGCCCACAGCAGCCGCUGAGCUUGUGCGAGCUGGCACGGUUUGCAGAGAGGUAUGCGCGUGCGUUUUCGUUCCGCGCCGCGUCGCAGCUGCAGAAAUAUGCAGAUGACAGCGAAGCCGUGUGCCGCCAACUCCACGCUCUCCUUCACAAUCACCAGCAACAGCAACAGCAGCACCAGCAGCAACAAGAAAAAGAAGUCCGCAAGAAAGUCCAGCCAGCGAGGAACACUGCAAGCAGCGGCAUUGGCACCGACAGCGGUGCUGGUGGCCCGAAGGUGUUUGAUGAGUUUGAGGAGAAGCUGUCGACUCUGCCUGUGCGGCCAACGUCGAUUGCGACUGCGCUGGAGUCGCUCAUGCGCACGUGGCAGUGGAUGGCCGAGUGCCGCGCCAUUGUCGCCGUCGCAAACAGCAGCAGCGGCGGCGGCAGUAGUAGCAACGCCUCUGAUGCCGAUGCUGCUGGAGACGCGGAUAAGGAGGAGCAUGGUGCGAGCGAAGAGGAAGAAGAAGGAGAGGUGCGAACGCUUGAUGAAGCGCGUGAGUGUUUGAAUCGUGCGGCAUGUGCUGACGCAAUCCCGGACGCAUACAGGGCGUGCGUGAACAUGGAGGCGGUGGCGUCACUCAAAGAGCAGCUGGUGGAGCUCAUUGCGGAAACAGAGGCGUGGGAGCAGCAUGCCGAGAUUAUGAUGAAGGGCAAGCCCUCGAUUAACGAGCUGCAGUCGGUGGCGUCGAAGCAGCCGCCGCUGGACUGCCCACAGGCGCAGCACGUGCAGCAGCUGGUGGAGGAAUAUGAGGGCUGGCUCGACCAGGCACAGCGGCUGCUGAUGGUGGUGGCAAAGCCCGCGAGCAAGGCCAAGGGCAACAAGGGUGACGAGAACAGCAAAGGCAAAGAAGAGGGCCGUGACACGAACAACAAACAGAGCGGGCAGAGGAAGCAAGAAGGGCAACCAGCCAGCGAAGGACUCAGCAGCAACGAUAGCAACAGCACCAACAAGCACCAGCAGCAAGGAGAUGGACAAGACGAAAAGCCAGCCGUCACAGCAUCUGCUGUCAACAACAACAACAACAACAACAACAACAACAACAACAACAACAACAACAACAACAACAACAACAACAACAACAACGAUGACGAAGGUGACAACGACCAGGGCGACGAUGCAUUUGAGGAGGAAGAGGAGAUGACAGCGGAGACGAUCACGCGCGCGUGCAUUCGCCCGGGCGCCCAAUACAAGGACGUGCUUCGGUUGAUUGACGUCGGGCAGCGGCUGCCGCUUGAUGUGCGGCGUGAGGUGCGCACGAUUGAGAGUCUUCUUGAGCCGACGCGGCGGUGGAUGCAGAGUGUGGAGCGCGCGUUCCUGCAAACGCGGGGGCGAUCGCAGCAGUCGAAACGGCCACUGUCAGCGCGAAGGCAGAGCGGAAGCCGGCGGCGACGUGACAGGCGGCAGCAACAGCAGCAGCAGCAGCAGCAACAACAACAACAACAGCAGCAGCAACAGCAGCAGCAGCAGUUAUUGCCGAUGUACACGCUGCGCAAGGUGUUGUCGCACGGGCUUCGUGUUCCUGAUGUGAGCGGGAUGCAGGCGAUCCGGAACAAGAACGACGCGGCUGAGAACGACCCGGACGCAACGUUCUGCCUGUGCGAGGAGGACGAUGGUGGCAGCAUGGUGCAGUGUGCGUGCUGCCUCGAUUGGUACCACCACCGCUGCGUCAACUACAAGCCACCUGUGCGCCCGUCGCGGUACAUCUGUCCGCGCUGUGCGUACGGCCGUCGCCCGAGCGUGGAAGCGCUGCUGUCGCUGGCGGAGACCGGCAAGGCCACCAAGCUGAGCACGCCCGAGCUCAAUGACAUACUUCGUUUGAAGGACAAGUAUGCGACCUGGCUGCGACAGGUUGCGCGGCUGUGGCGGUGUCCGCGCGGAACUGUUGCGGACUGCGUGCACGACGCCGUUCGUCUCGCCAUCAUCGGCGACCUCAUGGAGAUUGACACAGGCGACAUUGUUGAUGCGCUGUGCGUGCGAGUUGGCCUGCAAGAACCAGAGGAGCAGCAACAAGAACACGAUGAAGAUGGCGCUGAGCCCGACGCAAAGAAGGCCAAGCAAACCAGUAGUGCCAACGACGAUGGCGACGAUGGCGACGAUGAUGACGACGAAGAUGAACGCUUCUGCUUCUGCCAGCAGCCGCACGAUGACCGACCCAUGAUCAUGUGUGACUCGUGCGAAACCUGGUACCACUGCGGAUGUCUUGCGCUGACAAACGAGGAAGCUGAGCGGCUUCACGAGUACAAGUGCCCCGCGUGCGAGGAAGAGGAAGAAGAACGGUUGUUUCGCACCCCUAACCGCAACAGUGGCGCUGCUACAGCAACCGGCACCACCACAACCACCGCUGGUGCAAGCAGCAAUAGCACCAACAGCAGCCAGGCGGGCGGCAGUGGCGGCAGAACGAGAGGCGCUGGUGAGCCCGGCAGUGGCAGCAAGCCGUCGCCCAUGACGCAGGUGCUCAUUGACGAGAUUUCGCGCGACGGGUGCUCGCCGCACCCAAGCCCGCGGCACCACCGCAGCAGCAACAACGGCAACAGCAACACAGCUGCCACGGCGACUGGCGGUGGUGUGACGGUGCAGCAGGUGGGCCCUGGUGUAUUCCUGCGCAUGAACACGCCGCCCUGUGACAUGAUGCCUGGCGACAGCAGCAGCAGCAACAACACCAGUCUCAACGGCUAUGGUGGCGCAUGUGCAAAGCAGCGGGCCAUCUCCCCUGUGCCCUUGAUGAUGGGCAGCAUGACGCCACCACCGCCAGCGUUGUCCCUGACAGGUAGUGCCAACACGUCCGCAGCACAGCCAGCACCGAAAGCAACGGCGUCAAGUGCAGCACAGCAGCAGCAGAACGACCUUGCGUGGGUUUCGGCAAACCAGGAUGCGCUCGAUGCCCUGCUGCGCGCCGCCAGCCCACACCCGCCGCAACAGCAGCAGCAACAGCAGCAGCAGCAGUUGUAGAAGUGAUGUGAGUUGAAUGUGUGUGUGUGUGUGCGGUUUGGUAUUGCGCGUGCAUGCUGCUGGUGUGUGCUCGUGUGUCUGCCCGUGUACUUGUUGGUUUUGGUUUGCUUUCUGGACUGGUGUUUGUGGUGGUAUUUCUGGCGCUAAGCGUAUGUAUGUAAAGUAUUUGAGCUGAUGAAACACGUCUACAAACGAUGAUGACAAGCGCACAUGAACACGA